AGAAUGCAUGGCGUGGACAGGAAGGAAGAGCUUUUAUAUUUUAUUUUAUUUACGAACUGAAUGUAAGACCACAUAGGAUACGCAGUGGUGUAUGUAGCUAAUGUUUGAUCAUUUUAUUGUAUAACUGCUUAUUGUAUUGGUCAUAUCUCGGUUUACUGGCUUACAGCUGAAAAUGACAUCUGUUUCAGGAAGUGAAGAUUUGUUUGAUACUAUUCUGUUGGCUGAUAACAGAUUUCGCGGUGAGGGUUAUCAGGAAGGCUAUGAAGAGGGAAGCCGCGUUGGAAUAAUUGAGGGAAGAAGUCAUGGAGCUCUGCAUGGCGCUAAAGUUGCAGGCGAGGUUGCGUUUUACUAUGGCUUUGCCUUCACCUGGAAAUGCCUUCUCCAAAACAGCACAGAUGCCAAAACAAGUAAAAGGCUGAAGACCCUGGAAUCUUUAAUCAGAAUAAUUCAGAGUUUCCCACAUGAAGAUCCUACUUAUGAAAAGCUUCAGGAAGACGUAGAGCGGGUCCGGGCCAAGUUCAGACAGACUUGCUCCCUUUUGAACGUCCCUGCUGACUUCAGGGAUUGUGUGAGUCAAUCAGGAAUGUCUUUCUGAUGGAAACUGCCAUGCAAACCUGUGAAACUAGAAGACAUGAAAGGCUGAGCUCUGCCGUUUGCACCACUGGGCGCUUUACAGAGUGUGUAGGCCAAGUGCAUGCUGUGGCUGUGUCUUUGGUGCUGCAAGGGGAUUGGAGUUUGCGGGAGUGCAUAGGGGAAGGGGAAGGUAAAGGAAAAGAAUAUGCACAGGGAUCUUGAGGAAGUGAGGGUGCCUUUUGCCUUCCAAGUUUAAUUUGUUUUUGCAGAUCAGUACAGCUGUGUUACCUGGGAUCUCUAGUUGCAGUGAGUCUGUGGGGGCUGUAUAAGAUGAUCAAGACAUAAGAACUUGAUAGUAUUCUGUCCACAGUAAUGUAAAGACUAAAAUAUAAGCAGUCAUUAUAUGAAGAACAACAGCAUAGUUUGCCUGUGCAGUGUAGUGUUUUUAAAUAUAUAUAUAUAUAUAUAUAUAUAUAUAUAUAUAUAUAUAUAUAUAUAUAUAUAUAUGUCCGAGAGGUUGUAAACUUUCAAUUUGUUUUCAUGGCCUUUACUUCUGUUGAAGUGUUUUUACAAAUCUGUUUGAAAAAUAAAAAUGAUCUUUUCCAGUAA